UUCUACAUUGGUUAGGUAGUGAGGAUUUGCUGGGCAAACAAUGUACAGAGAAAAUAAAAAACAAAACAAAAAAAUCCAGACAGCACAGUACCCCACAUUGCCUCUAGGGGACAGCAGCCGUGGUUGCUUGCUCCCCGUCUCCUCCCCAGCAUAAAGACAAAUUCGAGCCCACUUGGAAGAUGAAGUCUGGCUAUCGGAGCUGAACAGACAGCAGCUGCUUUCUCUUGGCACACUGACCACAAAUGGCCCUGGCAUUUUUCACCCCGAGCAUCCUCCAAGUGACUUGCAUGGUGCUGUUUCUUUUCCAUUUCAAGUCAGCAGCAGUGCAGUAUGUUCUGCAAAUCCACAACAAUGGUCCCAUCACAACGGGAGCUCAAGCCACAAUUCAUGCCAGCUUGAGUAUGAAGAAUGAUGAUGUUGCAUUCAUUAGUGACCUAAAGUCCUAUCAUUUUAACUGGAUUUUCACCCCUCUGACUUUGAUUGAGAAAUCAGAGCAGCGAUUUAACUCUAUGAUUACAGUGACGGGUGAAUUUUCUGGAGACUUUCCCAUUUCUGUCUGGGCAACUGAGACACAUUGUUGGUUAUGUCAGCCCAUCGCCAAAAGCUUCACAAUGCUUCAUGUUACAGAGUUUAUAGUAGGGAAUCUUAACAUUGCACAAAUAGAAGACAACAGAACAUUUGUCGAACAAGGUUCCAGUUCUGCCACAGACACUCUGACCCUGAUUUCUUUCUUCCUUCAUGAUCCGAGUAAUUAUUUCAAGUCGGCAUCAUUCAUCUACAACUGGGAUUUUGGAGAUGGAACUCAGCUGGUAACUGAAGAACCCUUUGUCUACUAUAAUUAUUCUAUGGUGAGGAAUUGCAAGGUACAUCUCAAAGUUGUAGCUGAAUGGGAGCAAAUUGACAGUGCCACACAUGAAAGAAAGAUUGUGCAGAAAACGGGAGAUUUCACCACCGAAUUGGAGUUGCUGGAUGCUGUUAAAAGUAUAAGUGUCAUAGGCUCCAGAGAGACUCGUGUAAUGGAAAACUUAAGUUUAUCUCUACAUAUCAAUGGCAGCCCUCCACUCACCUUAUGCUGGCUCAUAAAGGCUGAAUGUAUUCCACUUGAAGGGGAAAAGUGCCAUCUAGUGGUGAUUAAUGGCUCCUCCUACAAUUUGAGCCAUACCUUUCGUAAUGCAGGACAAUACUGUCUCAGCGUGAGAGUGGAGAAUGAUGUGAACAUGUUGCAGACGUACCAUGAGAUUAAAGUGUGGCCAACAGGUAUUCACCCGGCUUUCUUUGCCCUGCCAUGUAUUGCUCUGAUUUCACUGAUGCUGGGAUUUGUUAUAUACACGACCUUCCGAAGCAGCUCACAGCAGAAGGAUCUUGUGGAGGUAGCUGACUUUGAUUUUUCUCCUCUGUCUGACAAAAAUCCCUCUCCUUCCGAUUCCGAGUCAAGCUGUGGUCGAAUAUGCUGCAGGUCCUGUUUCCUUCAGCCACCUCAAGAAUAUUGGGAGACUGUCAGGGAGAGCCACAGACUCCUCCAUCCUUUGUACAAGCCAGUCAAAACUUACACAGUGUGAAGAACACAGCUUCAUUUGGUUACGUUAACUGCUGACCUUCACUUUUCUCUUAUGAUGAGUUAAAAGCCAAGUGCUGCAUGGAUGGUUCAUUUUUGCUGGUACAUUGAGAGAUUAACUACUUAUUAGGCCCAAUGCUACAGAGUACUUCAUCGUGUAAUUUAAAAGGAAAGAGCCUGAACUACAAUAAAAGUGGCUUCGCAUAUUUUAAUUACACGAGUGUAUAUCUUACAGUAGAGAGCAUUGCCGAAUCAUUUAAAUGCAGUAUGUUAUUCUUAUGAGGGAUUAUUUUAUGUGCAGAUGUUUGCCAAAUCCACUCCCCUUUGUAAUUUAUCUGACCUUCCCCCAUCAC